AUGGCUCAAAGAGUUACCUACAGAAGAAGAAAUCCAUACAACACCCGUUCUAACAAAAUCAAAGUUGUUAAAACCCCAGGUGGUGUUUUACGUGCUCAACACGUUAAAAAAUCUGGUACCAGACCAAAAUGUGGUGACUGUGGUAUUGCUUUAGCCGGUAUCUCAGCUUUACGUCCAAGAGAAUACGCUCAAGUUUCAAAAACUCACAAAACUGUCUCAAGAGCUUACGGUGGUUCAAGAUGUGCUAACUGUGUUAAAGAAAGAGUUGUUAGAGCUUUCUUGAUUGAAGAACAAAAAAUCGUUAAACGUGUCUUAAAAGAACAAGCUGAAAAAGAACAAAAAGCUGAAAAGAAAGCUUCAAAAUCUAAAAAAUAGAUGAAUGGGGUUGUAAAGGUAUAAAUUAAUAAUACAAUUUUGUUACGUUAUUUUUUUGAAGAAUUAAUCAUUUCAAGAUCAGUUGUAAUUCAGGUUAAAAUAGGGAAUUUGUCGAGGAGACUAAGUUGAAAGGUCAAUAGACCAAUUCUCUUGAUCUAUACUACACUUUUAUUCCAUUUGUACCUUAUUUUGUAACACAAUUGAUUACUCUCUGACUUUGAUUUUAAUAGUUUUGGAGAAUGUGGCCCUCUGCAACUUUCGCGAACUUUUUUUAGAAUCCAAUUUUCUGAAACCAUGAUUAAGGUUGUUAAAUUGAAGGCACUUUUGUAACAGCCUGAAAUCAAUCCAUCAAAUUAUCCAAACAACUAUUCAUCACGUCAGUGAAUUGCAUUACAAGAUAUACCAUAUCUCACUUUGCAAGCGCCAACUACCAAAGUCAAGUCACAAUUGGAAGAAAGACAAUAGAGGACACUUAGACGCUGCUAAACGGGUAU